UAAACGACGAGGUCCUUACGCGACCGAAGCAUGUACUAAUUGCCGAAAAAAACACGUAAAGUGUUCCGAAGAAGCUACUUGCACUUAUUGUGCAUCAAAUAACCUUAAGUGUACUUAUGUUAAAUCGGUUAAAAAACGAGGACCGAAAACUACCAAUAGAUUAGCUAAUGUUUUUGAAAAUUAUCUCGGUGAAUGUGAAAAUAUUGAACAGGAAUACACAUUGACUUUAACUGAACAUCAAUUUGGCAUGCCUAUUCCUCUCUACCUUAACUAUAAUGAAGAAUUUCGACUGAUCCAAACCAGUUUCUUUCCACAUAUUAAUAUCGAUUCCAUUACGCCAAAUAACAAUACACUUAUUAAUUUUAGCAAUACAUUUUCUUUGCCUAAUAAUAAUCCACCCUCUCUUGCUUCUAUUGUUUCUAAUUUAGAUUCUAUUUGA